AUGGCGCCCAUCUCAGGAACCGUAGCGACGGUGAUCACGGCGUUGACGGCGGCCUUUAGGACCUCCGGCCCCGCUCUGCAGGCGCAGGCGGAGCAGAAUCACCUCCUGGCCGAGCUCGACUACGGCAACUUCCAGGGCGCCUACUCGGACCAGUAUAACAUCUCGUACUGGCAGAAGAUUCCCUACGCGGCGCCUCCCGUGGGCGAGAACCGGUUCCGUGGGCCGCAGCCCCCCGCGGCGGUGGAGGGUGUCGUGUAUGACUCUAGCCAGCCGUUUGAUAUGUGCCCUCAACGGACGGUCAACGGCUCCGAAGAUUGUCUGUACCUCGGCCUCUACUCCCGCCCCUGGACGCAAGACCAACCCCUGAAGCCCGUCGUCGUCACCUUUUACGGCGGCGGCUUCAUCCAGGGCUCGGCCUACUUCAGCAUCCCGCCCUCGGCCUACCCGAUCCUCAACGUCUCAAGCUCGUCCGACAUGAUGUUCAUCUACCCAAACUACCGCACAAACGCCUUUGGCCUCCUCCCCGGGAAGCAGAUCGCCGCGGACCCAAAGUCGGAUCUGAACCCGGGCCUGCUGGACCAGGAGGCCGUACUCAAGUGGACGAAAAAGUACGUCAAGCAGUUCGGCGGUGACCCGAACGACGUGACCAUCUGGGGCCAGUCUGCGGGCGGCGGCAGCGUGCUGGCGCAGGCCAUCGGCCGCGGGGGGCAGCAGAAGCUCUUCCGCAAGGCCAUGGCCAGCAGCCCGUUCUGGCCAAAGACGUACGCCUACGACAGCCCCGAGGCACAGGCUCUCUACGACGAGCUCGCCUCCCGUACGGGAUGCGCCGGCGCCGAGGAUAGCCUGGCCUGCCUGAAGAAGGCGGACGUGCAGACGAUCCGAGACGCCAGCCUCGCCAUCUCGAGCUCGCAUGUCACGAACACGUCGUCCUUCACGUGGUCACCUGUCAUUGACGGCGAGUUCCUCAGGGAGCCGCUCUCUGAGGCCGCCGCGGCGGGGCGGGUGAACAUGGACCUGGCGUUCGCGAUGCACAACACGCACGAGGGCGAGAAUUUCCUGCCCGGCGGGCUCCAGAGCGCGACGGACGUCGGGUCUCCGCCGUUCAACUCGAGCGAGGCCUCGUUUGACAAGUGGCUGAGGGGCUUCCUCCCUGGCUUUGGCGACUGCGAGAUUGAGGGCGUCAAGAGGCUGUAUCCUGCGGCUGGCACGACGGAGACGAUUUCGUAUAACACGACGUAUGUGCGGGCCGGACUCAUUUACCGGGACGUCGUUCUGUCGUGUCCGGCGUUUUGGUUUUCGGGCGCAGCGCCGAAGGGGGGUUGGUUGGGCGAAUACUCACUCAACCCGUCCAAACAUGCUAGCGAUACCGUCUGGUGGAAUCAGGUCAAUGCCGUGCAAAAGACGGACCCAGCACGCUACCAGGGCUAUGCCGGGGCGUUUGCGUCUUUCUUCCAAACGGGUGACCCGAAUGCGCUCAAACUGUCGGCAUCAACGGAAGCUGGUGUGCCGCCCCUCAAGGACAGCAAGGAAUGGGUCGUCAACCCUGAGGGGUUCGCGACUACUGACCUGGGGCAACUAGAGAAGAGAUGUGGAUUCUGGAAAAGGACGGCUGCGAAGAUACCCAUUUGA